AAUCCAACGACCCACCCAUCAUAUAUAGUUUUCUCUAUAUAAUGGUUUUGUGGGAAUUGCAUAACUAAUACAAAGUCAGAGCUGUUUAAUUUAGUCUUAAUUAACACAUAGUAAGUUAGAUCAUGUCUGGUCAGGGAAGAAGCAGUGCAAUGAAGGUGGUGUUGGUGCUGUGUAUUGUGGCGCUAAUUCAGACAGAGAUGGCUCAGGCUGCUGUGUACAACGUUGGUGGUUCUGGUGGCUGGACUUUCAAUACUGUUUCUUGGCCUAGAGGCAAGCGCUUUAGGGCUGGUGAUAUUCUUGCAUUCAAUUACCCGUCGGGUGCACAUAACGUUGUGGCAGUGAACAAAGAUGGAUAUAACAACUGCAGAACACCUCGAGGUUCAAAAGUAUAUACUAAAGGGGGUGACAAGAUAAAGCUAGUUAAGGGACAAAACUACUUCAUCUGCAAUUUCGUUGGCCAUUGCGAGUCUGGAAUGAAGAUUUCUGUCUUUGCUUCUUGAUUUUGAUCUAUAUAUGCUCUAAUCAGACUUCCUAUAUGAUGUUGUCAACUACGUACUAUGUUUUGUGUACUACUUACGUGAAAUAAUGGAUAUAUAUGUUUUGUUACUAUUU